UGGCCGCCGCUGCGUUUUGAAUUCGUCGCUGUUUAUUUUGAGCAUUAUCUUGAUUUCACAGCUUUAACGCGGGUUAUCUUUGCUUGCAAAAUCAUCGAGAUUGUUCCGUUGCGUUAAAAGAUUGGAUCCAGUGCAUGGAAUGGCGUAGCACGUCCACAAGAUAGCCGAAAAGUGUCGAGCUUCCGCGUUGCUUUCGCAUCCGACAUGGGAUCUCAUUCUGCCGUGCGGAAAUUUGGUGCCUGUGUGCUUAUUAUAUUUGUGUGGGGCCAGUCUGAAGCAUUGUUUGCUGGUCACAUAAGAUGGUGUACGCUGAACGUCUAUGAGCAAGAAAAAUGUUCAGAUUUCAACAAGACCCUGAUUAAAGAAAGCUACAAGUUUGGAUUCAAUGCUUUUUCAGUGGAAUGUGUGCAGGGUUUCGACAGCAGCGAGUGUAUGCGGAUGGUGGACCAGGACCAGGCGGACCUGCUGGUCCUGGACCCGGGCCUCACCUUCAUUGCCGGUCGCUUCCAUAGCCUGGUCCCCAUCAUGCAAGAAGUGUAUGCAGACGGCGGGCGCGAGUACUACUCGGUGGCCGUGGUGAAGCGCGACUCGGACAUCCGGCGCCUGUCGGACAUCCGCGGCAAGAAGGCCUGCUUCUCGGGCGUCGGCAGCCUGGCCGGCUGGGUCAUGCCCAUCGCCAAGCUCAUGUCCAAGGGUGAGAUGAGCAUCGCCGACUGCAACAACCACGUCAAGUCUGUGUCGGAGUUUUUCGGGGAGAGCUGCGCCGUCGGAGCGCUGACCACCCAGUACAACCCGCUCGGCGACAACUCCAACAAGCUGUGUGACCUGUGCGGCGCCGAGCAGCCGGGCCAGAAGUGCACCGACGCCGACCCGUACGCCGGCACCGAGGGCCUGGGCCAGAACGGCUGCAAGUCCUGA